AUGAAUUCAUCUUCACUCCCGUUGCCAGCGGCCAAUUCUGGUGCUCCUAUUGCUAUCCCCAGACAGCAGGUUAGCAUUGAGCGUCUUCCAACAAGGCGACAAGGCAACGAGCCACGCGAGUCGAUGAACUGCAAGUCCUGCCGAAAGCGAAAGAUUAAAUGCAACCGUAUGCGACCGUCGUGCGAAGCAUGCCAGGUCUUCCAGUGUCCAUGCAUUUAUGAUGCUGUCCCCAAGAAGCGUGGGCCGAAAACAGACGUGCUUGAAGCUUUGCUGAAACGGGUCGAUGGACUGGAGGCGAAGCUGAAGGAGAAGAAUUCCGAGGGAGACACGUCCAAAGUUGGGGAAUCUGCGCCUGUGGAAGUUGAGGAAGAGGAGGACACUGACUUUGCGGAGCCGGCCCCGAAGAGACUUGCAACCGAGGCAAGCAAAUCUUCCGAUGAAGAUGGCCUCAAGACCGUCACGGACCAUGAACCGACCGCCAGGUGGGACAUCAAUAGUCGUUGCUCUCCGAAUACUUCGAGCUUAUAUCCUCAUAGUGACAAUCCUGCCUCUCCGGUGGAAACAGACGCCUAUCUUCACACCUACUUCGCACGAUUCCACGGCAAGCCAUAUUACAUCCUGGAUGAAGCAUCCGUCCGCCAUCGGAUACAGUCGAACCAGUUGCCGGAUAGCGUCGCGUUCGCUAUCUGGGCUGUAGCAUCAAGGCAAGUAGCUAGAAUUCGAGAUGGCGAUUUUGAAAUCUUCAUUGCUGACUGUUGGUCCAGGCACACUCCGCAUCCCGGAGGGACCCAGGCCGCUCUUCAAUUAAGCCAAGACUAUGCACAGCGGGCAAGGCGAUGUAUUGACACAGAUGAUCUAUCAAUAGAUUGCUUGCAGGCGUCAUUACUCUUGGUUCUGGCAUUCAUGGCAUCUGGCCACAGCAAGAAGGCCUACAUGUUGAUGUCAUCGGCAAUCGCCAUGGCCAUGGCACUGGAGCUUCAUCGUGAAAUCGAUGCCCACGCGCACGUUACACCAGUCGAACGUGAGUUACGCCGACGACUUUUCUGGACCUGCUACUUAUUGGAUCGCUACGCGUCCUGCGGAUCGAGGCGACCAUCUUUAAUCAGUGACAACUCAGUGGCUCUGCGGCUACCAUCGUGGUGUCCUAGCCCUUCAUCCCUGGCAGUCGACGGGGAGUUUUUCCAACAGGGUUCUAACCUCCAAUAUUACCAAGGCAGCGGAAAGAAGUCACAAGGUAGUACUGGAUUGCUCAUUGACAUCACGCGUAUCCUUGGCAUUACAAACAGAUAUUUAGCUGCUGGGGGUGUAAAAGGCGACCCUCACUUCCCCUGGCAUUCAUUAUCGACUCUGUCAAAAAUUCGUCAAGAGCUUGACUUUUGGGCAUCCGGCGCUGGCCCUGUGUUCUCCGGCCUUCAAGCGCUCUUUCAUCAAACAGAAGCCUCAAUAGGGUUUUUGAGCAAGCUGAUAUAUCAUCUGAUACAUUGUCUAGUGUACCGGCCGUUCCUCCCAGUUGACCUAGCAGAGCUGGCUGGCAAUGGGCAACAUCAGUCUUGGCAGAUCGAGGCGACCAACAUGUGCUUUUUGCAUGCGAACGCUAUUGGUGAACUGAUAGACGCAGCGAGGCAUGCAGGUACUGUAGAAUGGCCAGCAAUUGUUGGCUAUUGUAUUUGUACUGCGGCAACAGUGCAUAUACACGGAGCUCACUACUCCAACCCUAGUGCCUACGGGGGAGACGUGAACGUCUUUAGCGCAUCGUCGAACUUGCUUUCUCGGGAGAUGAAACACCUUAGCGAUCUACACUUCGCAUGGGCCAAUAUUCGACACCAGAGCGAUACAUUGCAAGAGAUUUACAGUGCUCAUGGAGAGCUGGUCAAGGCUAUGGUAGCCAGCUCUAUGCGUUAUACUCCAGGGUUUCACCUUGAGGAAUUUUUCGAAAGAUAUUCCAACAUUGGAGGGCCAGGAGGAAAAUCGUAUCGGUUUGACCCAGCACACCUAAGCAUGUCGGAUAUUGUUAUAGAUUUUACCGCCGAUCGAUGCAGCGAGUCACCAGUAGCCCGCGAAACUGAACGAUAUAGCCAUAAACGCAAAAACACUCUAUCAACCAAGAAAGGGAAUGACGAAGGAACCAAUGCCGGGUACGACCAGGUUGCAGCAAUGAGCCAACCGACGGGAGCAGGCAACGUGCCAUACUCGAUACAUAUGACACAACUCCCGUCCCAUGUUUCUAAUGGGCACAUGCAGCAACAAGUGUCCAGGCCACCGGAUGCACACAUAAAAUCUAGUGGCACUCUAUUCGAUGCAGCGCAAACCAUUCAUGGGUAUACCAUGCCGCCAGAUAACUCGGCAAACAAUUCUGGCCAGGGCAUAGUGCCUAUGAGCGGGACAAGAUUCAGCCCAGCGUACGGUUAUGCCAUGGGUUCCAAUGUCAUGAAUAGUCAGAACAAUGUGAACGACGGCAAUACAAAUUUCGAUGCUAUGUUUGGAGCACUACCGACAAACACAUUCAGCAGCGCUGCUGGUUGGCAGGGCGAAGAUGGUCAGCAGCACAACAAGAUGAAUAUUCCCACAAGUGGCGUGGCACCAAGCCCCGGAACCAAGAGUUCUAGCGGAAGCACAGGGACGGGACACAGCGACGAAAAAGACCCCUUUCUCAGCCUAUUGGAGCAACUUGCAGAAGAUGAGCAACGUUUUAACGGCGGGGGAGCCGACUUGGAUUUCUUCCUGACUGGCAACAACAUCGGUGCCUAG